AUGCCGUCCCCGUCUCACCCCUACCGCUUCACCUCGAUUGAACUCCGCAAUCUCGACGCUCAAGUAAUGUUACUCCUGAAUAAAAUUGAUCCUCUUCGCACGUCUCUAAGCGACUUUUCAAGAACAUCGCACCAAGAAUCCACAAUUCUGACACCGCAAUUCUUCUUCUUCGCCGAUGUACAAAUUGCUCGAUAUUACGCGCAGAUCCUAGCCGGGACAUUGUAUACCCGCGCGCUGUCUAUGAACAUAGAUAUUGGCGAGGUGAGACGCGUUCUACAGAGGCAUUUGAGAGAGGGAUUUUAUGGAGAGGUUGUUGAGAGUGGUUCUGAGGAGGAGAAGGCAGGGGAGGACGCCGGUAACAAGAAGAGUGGCGAGAUGAAAGAGAAUGGAGGGAUGACUGGGGAAAAUGGGGAAAAUGGGGAAAAUGGGGAUAGAGUGAAGGGUGGUGAGGAAGUGAAGGAGGAUGGGAGUGAGAGAAAAGGGGUGGUGGAGGCAAGGAAGGGAAAUGGGGAUAAGAUUGUGGGCGUCAAACGUGGUAAAGGAGGAAGGUUCCAGAGUGCGAAGAGGAAUUGGGGUGGGCUUGAGAAGGAGUUCUUGAAACAAAUGAUUGAUAGUUUGGAUGCUAGGAUUGUUCUCGGUGGGCUUUGA